CCUCCUUCCGCGCCGGCGGUGCCAGCCCAGACGCCAGCCCCGGCACGCUGACAGACGACUUUUCUUACUUGUCAGUUUUCUCGCUUGUCAGCAGAGCUGCUGCUAUGGAGUCCCCGACCAAAGAGAUAGAAGAAUUUGAGAGCAACUCUCUGAAAUACCUGCAACCGGAACAGAUCGAGAAAAUCUGGCUUCGGCUUCGAGGGCUGAGGAAAUAUAAGAAAACAUCCCAGAGGUUACGGUCUUUGGUCAAACAAUUAGAGAGAGGGGAGGCUUCCGUGGUAGAUCUUAAGAAGAAUUUGGAAUAUGCAGCCACAGUGCUUGAAUCUGUAUACAUUGAUGAAACCAGGCGACUCCUGGAUACGGAAGAUGAGCUUAGUGACAUUCAGUCGGAUGCAGUGCCUUCUGAGGUCCGAGACUGGCUGGCCUCCACCUUCACUCGGCAAAUGGGGAUGAUGCUGCGGAGGAGCGAGGAGAAGCCCAGGUUCAAGAGCAUCGUCCAUGCAGUGCAGGCUGGGAUAUUUGUGGAAAGAAUGUAUAGACGAACUUCAAACAUGGUUGGACUGAGCUACCCACCAGCUGUUAUUGAAGCAUUAAAGGAUGUGGACAAGUGGUCCUUUGAUGUCUUUUCUCUCAAUGAGGCAAGUGGGGACCAUGCACUGAAGUUUAUUUUCUAUGAAUUACUCACACGCUAUGAUUUGAUAAGCCGUUUCAAGAUCCCCAUUUCUGCACUUGUUUCAUUUGUGGAGGCUCUGGAAGUGGGAUACAGCAAACAUAAAAAUCCUUACCAUAAUUUAAUGCAUGCCGCUGACGUCACGCAGACUGUGCAUUACCUCCUUUAUAAGACAGGAGUAGCGAACUGGCUGACGGAGCUGGAGAUCUUUGCUAUAAUCUUCUCAGCUGCUAUCCACGACUAUGAGCAUACCGGAACCACCAACAAUUUCCACAUUCAGACUCGGUCUGAUUCAGCUAUUCUGUACAACGAUAGAUCUGUGCUGGAAAAUCACCAUUUGAGUGCAGUCUAUCGCCUUCUGCAAGAGGAUGAGGAAAUGAAUAUUUUGAUCAACCUCUCGAAGGAUGACUGGCGGGAGUUUCGAACCUUGGUCAUUGAGAUGGUGAUGGCCACAGAUAUGUCUUGUCAUUUUCAACAAAUCAAAGCCAUGAAGACUGCUUUGCAGCAGCCAGAAGCAAUUGAAAAGCCAAAAGCCUUAUCCCUUAUGCUGCAUACGGCAGAUAUUAGCCAUCCAGCCAAAGCGUGGGAUCUCCAUCAUCGGUGGACAAUGUCACUGCUGGAGGAGUUCUUCCGACAGGGUGACAGAGAAGCGGAGCUGGGGCUGCCGUUUUCUCCUCUGUGUGACCGGAAGUCGACUAUGGUUGCUCAGUCGCAAGUAGGUUUUAUUGAUUUCAUUGUGGAACCCACCUUCACUGUGCUCACAGACAUGACUGAAAAGAUUGUGAGUCCAUUAAUUGAUGAAACCUCCCAAACCGGUGGGAUAGGACAGAGGCGUUCAAGUUUGAACAGCAUCAGCUCGUCAGAUGCCAAGCGAUCAGGUGUCAAGAGUUCUGGGUCAGAGGGAAGUGCCCCAAUCAACAAUUCUGUCAUCCCAGUUGACUAUAAGAGCUUUAAAACCACUUGGACUGAGGUGGUGCACAUCAAUAGGGAGAGAUGGAGAGCCAAGGUGCCCAAAGAGGAGAAGGCCAAGAAGGAAGCAGAGGAAAAGGCCCGCCUGGCCGCAGAGAAGCAGCAAAAGGAAAUGGAAGCCAAAAUCCAGGCUGAAGAAGGCACAGCUGGCAAGGCUGAGGAAAAGACCUCUGGAGAAGGAAAGAAUCAAGUCAAUGGAACGCACACAAACAAAAGCGACAACCCUCGCGGGAAGAAUUCCAAAGCCGAGAAGUCACCAGGAGCAAAGCAAAAAAAUGGUGACUUGAAAGAUGGUAAAAAUAAGGCAGACAAGAAGGAUCACUCUAAUGUCGGAAAUGAUUCAAAGAAAGCAGAUGGCACCAAGCGACGUUCUCAUGGCUCACCGGCCCCAAGCACUAGCUCCACAAGUCGUCUGACCUUACCAGGGGACUACGGAUAAAACGUCCAUGCAGAAGAUUCCUUGGAAGAGACCUGACCAGCUCUGAGGUCUGAAGACAUUUUAGGAAGGUUAUGUUUCUUUUACCAACACAAAGUAUUAUACAUGUUAUACAUUAAGUAAUUAACUUAAAAAUUAUGAUCUCUGAUAUCCCUAAUACAGAUUUUUAACAAAAGGUAUUUUUGAUAUGCAUUGCACACGCACAAAUAUCAGGGACAAUGUGUUAUCUCUUUGAAUCCUCGCAACAAUCCUUUAAGGAAGGUACUAUUAUCUCCAAUUCAUAGAUUGGGAAACUGAGGCACAACAGAUAAAUAGAUUGUCCAAAAUUAGCAGGGGGCAAGUGUGUGGCGUUUUUUCUCUAAGAUUCAUUGGCAGGGGAUAAAGACUGAAGCUAAAUAGUCCACACUGUAACUUUUCUUUCACAUAUGUAUUCUGCCAGAAUUAGAUCAAUUCUCCACAUACCAGUUUCCAGCACAUUGUUGGGGUAUGGAGGGACCCUGCGCUAUUUUUUAAGUGAAAACUUGAACAAGUGUUGUCUUUGCAACUUCCCUGUACUUCGAAUUCCCUUUAAAGGAUGCCAGUCAUCACUGUGGACUGGAUCAAGGCUUGUUGUUAUGCUUCGAUUUAGCACUUCGGAGCUUUAUAAUUCUGAAGAAAUUUAUUUUUACAGGCUUCUGAAAUUGGUGCCUGUUAGCAUGAACAUAGAGAGACUUAGCCUUGCAUUUCCAAUCUUCACAUACACAACUGGACAAAUGCACACAUUGAUGAGAAAAAUCAAGCAAAAGACUCAGUUUGUGUAACCUCCAACAUAUGUUUCUCCAAUUGAGAUAAUAUGAAUCAUGAACUUUAUGCGUGCCAGGGCAAACAAAACAAACACAAAGAACUCAAUUAAAGAUGGUCAUCUCCUUGAGGGAGGUCUUUUUUAUUCUAUUUUUAUAUCCUCAGCAUUAAAUCAUGAGGUCAGAGGGCAUUUGAUAGGCAGCCAUUGUUUGAAUAAGAAAAGAGCUGAUUUUUCAGCCUCAGGUAAUCAUUCCUUCCCUUUCACCUAUUUGUGAAAGGAAGGAGGGCUUGAAACUAUGCCUCAAUGCCUCUUCAUGGUGUGUGAGACCUGUAGAAAUGAGCCAAGAUUUGAGCAUUUGUAUAAGACAAAGGGUUGUUUAGGACUCAGACUUGAAACUGGAAAGGAAAGGAACUCACUGACAUUCUUCUUAAGCAAAUAAUGAGCAAACAAAUGUAGGUGUCAAGACACUGCUGCAGUGAGGGAUAAAUAGUAAGUUCUGUAGAGCCCAGUCACCUCUGCCAGCUGGUGUAUAUUCCAAGUGACUGAUUUUGGGGAGAUUUAUGAAGGGUCCUGAGUGUGAAGUAGCUUAUUUGCUCUUUGGUUAUGUCUUAGCACCAACUGUUAUCAGCACUGAUUAAGUUCUGGAGAUGCAAGGGUGCAAACCCUCUGUCCCUGUUUCAUGAAGAUAUAAGGUGGAAUUGAAUUAUCUAUCACGAUGAAGCACAAAGAGGUUCCUAGAUGUCCAGGGAAUCAGCGGUUCAGGGAUGGCUUUCAAGAAAGUGACUCAGAUGAUUAUUAUGGCUCGACAUAAUGAAUGCCAAGAGUCUUAAGACUUAAAAGUGCCCUUGACAUUUUCCUAAUGACAUCAAGAUGGGAACUCAGGGACUGGAACUCCUCCCAUCCUGGUUGGUUGUCUAAGCCACACUUGCCAUCAUGAUGUCCAUUGUUCUUUAUACUUGCGGUUGAGUGUUAUUGGAAGUGACUGAAUGAAGCCCCAUGUUUUUACAUUGCACGGGUGGUUUAGAACGUAGGCUAGACAUUUUUGCUUUGCAUAGAAAGGUGCUUAUUUUCAGCAAAGGGGUUCCCUCAGGCAGGUGAAUGGAAUAUAUAUAUAUAUAUAUAUAUUUCCAGAAAUGCACAUUUUGGAUAAUUGGCCAUUUGUGAAUCAAAGCAGGGUGUUCUCUGUGAAAUUUUCACAAAAAAUUAAUUUACUCUCUUCAUUGUACGGUGGGGUCUUUCAAGUAGUAAAAUCCAGCUGUGUAGAGAAUUAUGUGACUUUUCCAAUAGGGAGGGCACCCUCACAAGGCACCAGUGUGACCUUUCAUCUUCCUUCAUCCUUUGGUAAGGAUGCCAAAGUCAUUAAAAAUGUAGCCAUGUGACAAUGAUGGCUACAGAUUUUUAGCCAUAGCUAAAAGUCAUAGCCAUAGCAAGUACUACAGCAGACUGGACACUGUACAGGGCAGUGUGCAUCCAUUCUCUCAUUUGUAUCCCAUUUCAAAUCCUUGUGACAACCAUUCAAGGCAGUUACUGUUUUUAUCAUUUUAGAAAAGGAAAAAGGAAAACAAAACAAUCUGUUCUGAGUGCCAUAACAGAUUAAUUAUUUCCUUAGGAUCUCACAGCUAGUAAUAGCUUAGCCUCCUAAUGUUCCCAAAGCCCAUGUUUCUCUUCUAAGACUACCCACCACUCCCCAAAGUAGACUUUCAUGAGGUAAUUUUUCCUGUCACAGAUCUUAGCACAUGGCCAAGGGUUGGACACCCUCAGCCAACAGGAACAGGGAGCAGGUCUGUGUGUGUGCUGACCACUCUGCUCAGCUGCUCCCGCUUCCCUCUAAACCUAAGUAUAAGCCGAAGUCAUUAAAAAUGUACCCAUGUGACUACUCAGCCCCAAUGCCAGUGGUUCUCAACCCUGGCUAUACAUUAAGAUCACUAGGCUUACAAACAUACUGAUGCUCAGGCUCCAUUCCAAAAUAAUUAAUUACUUCACAGAUUCUUGGGGGUAAGGCAUGGGCAUCGGUACUUUUCAAAGUCCCCCAAGGAAUUAUAUAUAUCCAGGAUUGAGAACCACAAGUGGAAGAAAACAUCACCAGGUUGGAUGAAGGGCAGCUACACCUCGUGGUUUGUUCGUUGUAGACACAUCUUCCUCUGGAGGGGCUGGAAAUGCUGGUGAGGCCGUCUUUUAUACCAGACUCAGUUUAGUUCAGUCAGGAUCAACUCAGCUCCUUCUAGAUAGCUGCACUUUUUCCUUGGUGAGACUAGAAAAUGGCAGCUAUAGAUAAUUUAACAUUUUCAUUUUCUUGAUAUAAAAUCUUAGGAAAACCAAAGUCUUUAAAAAUGUAGAUAUGGGCAUAAUCAUUCAAGUUUUUAAUAUAAAAUACACCUUACAGAAUUUAAGAGUAGAUUCUUGGCUUGUAGACAACACUGCAUGUAAUACACAUAGUUUAAGAGUAAUUUUUUGGUUGGGUGAAGGUUAUGAAAUUGUAUUUUUAUGAAAGGAAGGGACUCCUGUCACCGAGGCCUCAUUAUCAUGCUUCAAUGUCUUGGGGAGGCAAUUGAAUCCCCUAGUUAGGAAAGGAUGCUGCUACUGAAUUUUCCUGGCAAUUGCCAAUCUUCCAGAUAAUUCUUAAACUAUGGCGACUGAGGAAAGAGACGGAAAUUGAUACAGAGUGAGCAUCUACUUUGCAUCAGCACUAUACUGGCUGCCUUUACCUGUAGGAUUUCUUUCCAUCCUCACCAUUGCCCUCUGAAAUGUGUGUCAUUGUGUCCAUCAUUCUUUUUUCCAAUGGAAAACUGAAAUCAAGUGUCUAAGUCACAUGGGGACAGAGCCAGAACUGAAUCUGGCCACUUUUGAAGUAUAGUGGGGAGCUGCAAAUGAGGCAAUGGAUGUGAGGAACAGGAAGGAGAGGACUGGAAAGGUGAAGACAGUAGUUCUCAAAUUCUGACUCAUUGGAAUUAUCUGAAGAGCUUUAAAAACUCCUGAGGUCUAAGUUCCAUCCUCAUAGAGUCUGCUUUAAGGGCUCUGGGGUACAAAAUGAGCACCAGGAGUUUCAGAAGCUCUUCUUGUGGUUCUCAUCUGCAGCCAGAGUUGAGAACUACCUUGUUAAACAUUUCACCGAAAGUCCUGGAGGUCAUCUUCCUUAUGUCCACCAGCCUAGAAUUUCAGAAUAACUGUUAACACUCCAACCUGACAUCAAGAAGAAGAGCAAUUAUUUAAGAAACCUCGUAAUCUGGACCUUUGUGUAGUUACUUUCUGAGCCAUUAGCACAAACCAUAUUAGGGGUAGUGAGAUUUGCUUUUGCUUUAAGGGAAGAAUGAUUAUAGGUUCAGGAAUCCAGUAUCCAACACAGGUAGGAUAUCCUCAUAUAUUGAUAGUAUCAUUGAGGUACAAUUUUGACUUGACUCUUUUUAUUUAUUAUGGCAGCUAUUAAAACUUUGAAUUUUGAUGCAAGAUUAUUUUAAGUAUGAGAAGAUGGGAGGAAGGUCUGAAGUCAGAGUGCUUGGAUGUGAAUGCAGAAUGCAGACUCCUUUCUCAUACUGGCUGUGUGACCUUUGGCAAGUUACUUAAGCUCUUUAAGCCUCAGUUUCCUCACUCCAAAAGGGAGUGAUGAUAGUGCUUGCCUUGAAGGAUUAUAGUGAAGAUUAAAGGCUAAAAUUGAUGUUAAAAUCUUAGCAUUGCGCCUGGUACACAGUUAAGUACACCAAUUGUCGGCUACUAUAAUAUGACAUAUAAAUAAGUCAGCUAUUAUAAUAUGACAUACCAAUAAAUCAGCUAUUAUAAUUAUUUUACCACAUUAGUUCCUGAAAUGAAAACACAGUCUCUGUUCUAAUAUUGUUCCAUUCUCGAUGGGGCUAAUGUUAACAUUGCAAUGCCUUGCAAUUCAAAACUCUAGGAUUAUUUUUAUGCAUAUUUUGAUGAAGGUUUUUCACCACAAAUGGAUACUGAUUGCAGAAAUGGAAUGUAUGGAAGUAGGGCUUUCUUUUCUUUUGUGUAAAACAUG